GUACAAAAUGUUUGUUAAAAAUAUAUUCAAAUGUUUGUCAAUUAUAAUGAUAAUGAUUACCACAAAUACAUCUUUUCCAUUACAAGAUAUUUUAUGUUUUAAGCCUUCAUUUACAUCAAUUACUCCCAUAUCACACAAUAAUUCUUAUUUUAUGGUCAGUAAUGACGGCUAUUAUUGGAGUUCUUUAACUGACGAUUCUGUGUUCAAAAGUGAGGCCCAAAUGAAAGAAAAGGGUUAUUAUUCUGGAAAAGUGGAUACAAUCGACAUCGAUGUCAUACAAGUCGAUAAUAUUUCCAUUUCGAAAACAUUUGACUUAACCUUUAGAAUCAAUUUCAACGGUAUUUGUAAUCUCGAAUCGGAAACACUUUUCGCUACAAAAUUGUUUGGAUAUACUAAUUGGUUUGGUUAUAAAUAUAUCAAUAAUAAGUGGACAAAAUUGUCCGACAAAACACUGCAUCCGGUGAUCAAUAGGGCUAUGGAUGCACUCAAACCCAACCGACGGAUAAAAGCUGUUCUAAAUUUUGACUUAUUUGGGGUACUAUUCAUUCAAGGCUUACAAUAA